UAAGUUAUUUAGAUUUAUUCCAUUUCACUUGGUUUGGUAGGUAAUUCUCCCUCUUCCUCCUAUUUCUGCUUUCGAUCCUCGCGAUGAGCGCCUGUUCCAUCCCGGCGACGGCGACGGCGGCAGCAAGAUGUAUAAUGGGCUAGACGGCUUCUUCAUGAACGUGAAGGAAGGGGUGGACGAGAUGAUCAAGUUCUUGGCCAACGAGCCCUCAAUGGGAUUCUUCUUCGUCCAGAAGCAUGCCCAUGCGUCGAUGCCCUACCUUCUUGACGUCAAGGACAAGGUGGACGGAAAGAUUCGCGAAGUCACCCUGCAUACAGAAGACUUAAAGGACUCAGUCUGCUCAGUGGAAUCAAUAAAAGAAUUUGGCAUUCCUAUUGUUGAGGAGAUGAUUAAAGAUAUAAAUAAAUCUCUACUUAUCCUGUCAACAUCUCAACCUAAGAGAGGUUUAAUUCGCAAGACAAACGAACAGGACGCUUUUGCACCUGGUGGUGAUCAGCACGGAGGGAGUAGUCGCAGUUAUUUUUCCUCUUUUUUCAGCUCAACGAGGCAGAAGGCGGCUGCUCUCGGACAGCCACAGCCAUAUACAAUGUCAAAAGAUGAUCGCAAGAAGCAUCAGUCACUGGCAAUAACAUCACCCGAAGGCGAUCUGCUUCAGGAAACAGUUCCCCUUUUUGAAGAUUUGUCUGUGCAAUCGUUUGAGCUGCGAGACUAUGAUAGAUUUAAAAAUGACCAACAAGUUAAAUAUGAGGAAUGGCUCGACGUACCUAAGGAAUAGUAGUAACCGGACUGUUUAUAGCAAUGUUGAUUCCUCCUGUUUAUCGCAAUCUCCAGUCUGUACCAUUUCAUAUCUUUGAAAAUUUUGAAUUAAUAUUGGAGAAUAGCCACAAUUAUGUUAAUAUAUUUUGAUUCAGAAAUUUUGCA